AUGGGUAUGGAUCAACACGAAGGUGUGGCCCGGCGCCCCGACAUGUCCAAGAACAAGGACCCGAACCCCAUUGAAUACGAAAACACAAUCUACCAGAAAGGAUUAAGGUAUGAACGGCCGCCCUUUACCUUCAAGGCGCUGGACUGGGAGCGCCUAGCCGAAGAGCGCAUGUCGGCCGAAAGCAAGGGCUACGUGGUCGGCUCGGCAGGGACGGGCGAAACGGCGCGCAAGAACCGCGAGGCCUUUGGCCGGUGGUCGAUUGUGCCGCGGCGCCUGGUCAAGACGGACGGGUUCCCGGACCUCUCGGUCGAGGUGCUGGGCAAGCGGCAGCCGUUUCCCAUUGCGUGCGCGCCCGUGGGCGUCCAGCGCAUCUUCAACCCGGACGGCGAGAUGGCGACGGCCGCCGCCGCCGCCCGCGAGCGCGUCCCCUACAUCAUGAGCACGGCCAGCAGCACCAGCAUCGAGGACGUGGCGCGCGCCAACGGCGACGGCGAGCGCUGGUACCAGCUGUACUGGCCGCCCAACGAGCGCAACGACGUGACAAAGUCCAUCCUGUCCCGCGCGGAAAAGGCCGGGUUCUCGGCCCUGUUUGUCACGUUGGACACGUACAUCCUGGGCUGGCGCCCGAGUGAUAUGGAUAAUGGGUACAACCCCUUUCUUCGGUCUGACCAGAUCGGCGUGGCCGUUGGUCUCACUGACCCUGUCUUUCGGUCGCACUUCAAGAGCAAGCACGGCUGCGAGAUCGAGGAUGACAUGGGUGCUGCUGUUGCCGAGUGGACGAGAACCGUGUUCCCGGCCAUGAGUCACUCAUGGGAAGACAUCAAGUUCUUGCAGGAGAACUGGAAAGGACCUAUUGUACUAAAGGGCAUACAGUCCGUGGAAGAUGCCAAGAAGGCGGUGGAAGUGGGAGUACAAGGAAUUGUAGUCAGCAAUCACGGCGGACGACAGACUGAUGGAGGAAACAGCUCUCUGGGUGUCUUGCCACGAAUUGUGGACGCAGUGGGCGACAAGCUAGAGGUCUUUUUCGAUUCUGGUAUCCGCUGUGGUGCAGACAUUGCCAAGGCUUUGGCUUUAGGUGCCAAGAUGUGUAUCUUGGGGAGGCCAUACAUUUAUGGCCUCGUACUCGGGGGUGAGGAGGGCACAUCCCAUGUUUUGAAAUCCAUGCUUGGCGAUCUUGAACUUACUCUACACUUGGCCGGUAUCGCCUCUUCAUCGCAGAAGCACUUGAAUCGGUCUGUACUCGUCAAGGAAGAUGAUUUAUUCUGA